AUGUUCUGUGGCUGGUGCUUCGACGCCCUAAAUCCUUCUUCUCUCUCUUAUCUCCACGAAAUCAAAUCAAUGACUUUACUUGCCGCAAGAUCAAAGGGGAAGCAGAAAACACCGACUCCACCACACCGGUUGAUUUCGAGUGCUGAGGGUCACAGUAACUACGACAGCAACCUGACCUAUAUUGACCUGAUGAAGAAUUUGGGAAGAAGCAAUCAAACAAACCUAGCCAAACCUAUCCGUGCUUGGCAUCUACCAAGAGAUUUUUUUGAUCAACUUAUUUCUUGGAAGAACGGGCGUAGAGAAGAACUACUUUUCAUGAGCAACAAGGCCGUUUGCAAACCACCUAAACCUGUCAGAGUUUGCAAACUUUUGUUCAGUUGA